AUGUCCCGUAUUGUCCUCAGUGCUUUGCUGCUGGCCGUUUCCGUCAACGGACACAUGGGAUCGGCCACUUCCCCAGCUGCCACCCUUCUCCCACUCGUCAAGGAAUACCAAAGGCUGAUCUAUGAUGGCGAUUAUGAGGGACUCCGUGAGUUGUACCACCCUCACGCCGUUUUGGUUGUCUCCAAUGAGAAAAAAGUUUUGUAUCGACCCAAGGAGAUCUUCAAGCACAUCCGUGAAUCCCGCAAGAAGAUUCACAACGCUCGCUCGGAAUUGGCGAAGGAGACCUACUCCGGUGAUGGCGGAGUGCUCAUCUACGAGAAUCGAUACUUGAUCAAUGACAAUGGAAAAGAUCUCUAUGGUCCAUACCGUGCCAUCUGGAUUAAAUACCAUGGACGAUAUGUGAUCUACCAUGAGGAAUAUGAUCAACGAGUCAACAAGAAAGAGCUGAAUUAUGAUGCGACUAAAAAAGAUGAUGGAACUGAUUCCGCGAUGCAGAGAGCCAUUCUGAGUCUUCUCUUCGUGGGGAUAGCCGUUUUGGCUGAUGACACGUCAAAGGCAGCUUUGACUCUUGCCCCACUUAUUAAGAAGUAUCAAGAGUAUAUCUAUGCCGGAAAUUACGAUGAUCUCAAGGAUUUGUAUGAUCCACACGCCAUUCUUGUUGUUGUUGCCAAAAACAAGGCUUUCCUUGGACAUAAAGCAAUCUUUGACGAGAUCAAAGACACGCGCAAGAAAGUCGGCUCAGCCAAGUCCGAAUUCAUCACUGAAUCUUUCACUGGAUCCCCUCCCGUUCUUCAAUACGAGAACACAUGGAAAGUAGUCACUGAUGAAAUCGAGUACUCUGGACCCUACAAGGCAAUCUGGACACAAAACAAAGACGGUCAAUGGAAAAUCAUCCACGAGGAGUACGCUGAGCACGCUAGAAGACGCAAA